AUGGACGGAAACGACCUCCCGGAGCCACCUGUGCCCAUCAGAACAACGACGACCCAGCGAGAGCGCCGCACCGCUAUUCGUCCGCCCAAGAGUCUCUGCGAGCGUUUUCUACACGCCCUUCCCUAUUAUACAGGUCCCCAUGCCGUCGGAUACCUCGAGAUUGAGACUCCAGUUCGUCAGCCACGGGUCAUCUCUCAGCUGACGCGGGGGAAGGAGCCGCUCCUGCGAUUGGACACAGUGCUGUUCUCCGUCUUUUACCCAUGCGAGCCACGAGACGAUGACAAGAACAAGAGCGAUGGCACCGAAAGAAAGACUAGUGAACAUGGCAAAGAUGUACAACAUGGUAAGCGUCCCAAGAGAACGCUGCGCAAAAGUCUCUCUCGCGCCAGUUGGCUGCCAAGGCCCCGGAUCCAGACAGCAAAGGGUUACGCCAAGUUCAUGAACAUCCCUCGCGCUCCGGUGACAAGUUAUCUGGCUAUAACAAGCAUGUUCACCAAACUUCCCGCCUUUCGGAACGCCAGUCUCGCGACGCAGUGGCCGCGGGAUGUGAUGGCUACUGAUGGGGUCUCGCCUGGCAGACGGGAGAAACCGAGAUUCCCGAUCAUCAUCUUCAGCCACGGACUGGGUGGGUCGAGAACUAUAUACAGUUCCAUCCGCGGUGAACUGGCGAGCUACGGGUUCAUGGUGAUCGCUGUAGAACAUCGGGACGGCAGUGGCGCCAGGACAUAUGUCAACCUGCCGGCUGAGCAAGAAUUGUCUGAAACCGAAUCAGAGGCAAAUCUCAAUGUAUCCGACGUGAGUGGAGAGUCGCAGAAAAGCAAGAGCACAAAACAACAGUCGCAGCACUACUGUGUCGAUUAUCUCUUCCCCAAAGACAACGCGCAGGAUACGUCACCUCACAACGCUCGCGGCGUCGAUACGGAGCUGAGAACGGCGCAGAUUGAUAUGAGGAUGGCCGAGAUGGAGGAAGCUUUUCAUGUCAUCAGCCUCAUCAAUGACGGAAAGGGCAGUGCCGUGUCCGCAACUAAUUUGCGCCGCCAGGGCAACGUCGCGUCAAGCUCCCAAGGCCUUGGUGGUAUCCGAUGGGACGACUGGACAGGACGCAUGUUAACAAACAACGUGACUGUCAUGGGCCACUCGUUCGGCGGUGCGACAACAGUACAGUGUCUCCGGAAAUCCUCCUUAACGUGGGUUGGACAAGGGAUCAUUCUUGAUGCGUGGGGUCCAGCAACACCGGCGGCUGGGGAGGCCCGGAUCAGCAAGCCGCUUCUGUCUAUCGGAUCAGAGGCCUUUAUGCACUGGCAAGAAAACUUUGAGCGGCUGGUGGACCUGUGCCACGAGGCGCGCGAGGAGAAUCCGGCGACGUUGACGUGGAUGCUCACGAUCCGAGGCUCGACUCACCUGUCUCAGACAGACUUUGCUGUGCUUUAUUCGACGUGGAUGGACCUGCUCGCGAAGACCGUGGUCAACCCGCUGCGGGCAAUAUAUCUGACGGUGGCGCCGUCGCUCGAGUUUCUGAAGAUGACGCUGCCUAGGGAGCAGUCAGCCAAUGAUAUGUGGGUGGACGAACAGAUCCUGAGGACAAUGCAAGCGCCGGCGGACCCCGAGGCUGCAAUGGGACGAGAGCAUCGUCCGUCAGACAAAUGGAUUGCAGUGCGGCUAAAGGUUGACAAUGAAGUGUCGUGGCGGGCGCGUGGCUGGUUCCGGCAAAAGAGGCGGGCACUGUGGCGUGAGAGAAGCGACGAAGAGCCCGAGGGCCUAGUGGACUGGGACCGUGGAGAUGAAGUUUGGAUGCACUUCAGUCCAGGAGAAGAGGUUGUGAGACGGUUCAGAAUUGGGCGCCACCUGGAGCCUACGGGAGCUCCGUGGGAUGUGGGCCAGACUCGAUCCGACCAAGGCCAAGCGUGGUCCUCUUCGUCAAUGGAAAGUCCAUGA